AUGAACCAAAAAUCUGUAUUAAUUUAUAAUGCAAGUCAAAAAUAUCCAACUUGUGCACUAUUGUCAGAUAUGAUUGGAGAAGCUUUAUUUCAGGAACCUGAUUUGUUAUUAAAAUCAGUUGAUUAUGUUGAUUUAGAAUUUGAUACGUUGGUUUGGUUGCUUCAACGAGAUGAUCUGUCGAUGAGUGAGAUGGAAAUCUGGAGACAUGUAGUUCAAUGGUGUUUGAAUAAACUUGAUAGAAAACUUGAUACAGAUCUUAAAAAAUGGAAUGAUCAAGACUUUGAUGAAUUUCAAAAGGUUAUGGGCCCAAUAUUACCUUAUAUUCGUUGGUGCCAAAUUAAAAAAGAAGAUUUUAGCAAACAAGUUGAUGAUUUUAAAAAGAUAAUACCUGAUGAAUUAUAUGAAGUAAAAGAUGAUACGAUAGUGCCUUCACCAACUUAUACGAAGUCUACAACUAGAAUACCAUCGGUACUUAUUACUCCUAAACAAGCUGCAAAAAUUGCAAGUUGGAUUGAUGGGUUAGAUCUUAAAUCCAAAGAAUUUUAUGAUGCACGUAAUAUACCAUAUGAUUUCAACCUGAUUGGUGAUAAUAAUGAAAUUAGCGAAAAAGGUGGUGAUAAUAACGAAAGUAAUGAAAUUAGCGAAAAUAACGAAAAUAACGAAAAUAUUGAAAAUAUUGAAGAUAAGGAUAUAGUUAGUAGAGUUAAAAAUCCAAAAGAAGCCAUAUAUUGUAAUGUUUAUUGUUCACCAGUGUUUGGUAAAGGUGAUUUAUUCCCAAAAGGUCAUUUUGAAAUUGGACAACCUUGUGGAUGUAAACAAAUUAAUUAUGACAAAAGUAUUAGAUCUAGUCCAGAUCAAUUUAUAAUUGAAGAAUUUGAAGUUUUUCACAUUGUACCAAAAUCAAAUAUUAAAAAUUAA